AUGAUACUGGCCAACGGGCGAGCCAAGUCGAACGCAGCCACUACCGCGCGGCACCAAAACCACGGCUUCCAUCCGACAGCGAACCAUCCUCUGCACCACCAUCAUUACCACCAUCAUCAUCAUCUGCUGCUGCAUCCUUCAUCAGCGUUACCGUCGUGUUCUACAGCGCCGCCACCACCACCACCACCCCCUCCACCACCACCGCCACUGAAGCACUAUCACAUUCCGCCCCAGGACACUUAUCACUCGCAGCAACCGUUGCAGCCCCUUCACCUGGCCACGCUGCGCCUUGGCCAGGGCUCGUGCUACGCUCCUCCGCCGCCUCCAGCACUGCCACCAUCAAGGAUGCAACCGCCGCAAACGCUCUCGCUCGCUUUGCCUCCGUGCAAUGGAUCGUUCCUAGGGCAACUGUCCGCGUCCUCGUCUACCACCUCCUCGCAUCAUCACCACCACCAUCUUCAUCAUCAUUUGCAGUCAUCGAGCGGCAUUGCAACGAUUUCGUCUCCAAUGUCACCGCCCGGCUCUUGCUGCGGCUGCAUUACCCGACCGCACGAGCUGCACUGUUCCCAGUGCCCAGUGCGCGCGGACCCUUUGCUUCCAGGGCAGCAGCAACAGGGUGCACGCGCACCGACCGACGUUCCUACGCCGACACUGGUGAAGGUGAAGGCCUGGUAUACGGUCACUAAGCAGGGCCUAACCUAUUGA